CGCAAAGAAACCGUUCUCCCGCCAUUUGCACGAUCGAGCGCAGUUCAGUUCGCCGAGAAACGAAAUGGAGACUCCGUCGGUUGAAAACCCCAUUGGGGCGAGCGUAGCGCAGCGGCGGCGGCCUUCGCCUGUCCUUCCUCCAGAUCUCAUCGCCGAGAUUUUGACCUGGCUACCCGUGGUUUCGCUCCUCCGAUUCAGGUGCGUCUCCAAAUGGUUCAAAACCCUAAUUUCCAGCCCCGAUUUCGUGAAAGCACAUCUGAGAAGUAUGAAAGCUUUGUCCACUGUCAAACCGAAUCGCGUGGAUCGGGCGUUCAGGCGGUCGUUGAACUUCGUCCAGCGCCUAAUCCAACCGGAACGGCGAUUCAGCGGGUCCGGGGGCUAUAUCCACCGCCAAAACAAACCGAGUCCUCCAGUUGUUGAUUGGGGUUCGCAUUCGUGGUCGCUCGAAUCUUUAUUCAAUGGCCCCCGAAUUGAAGUUUCCCAUCGUGUAAACGUCUGCGAAGGAGUCGACAACGGUGGUGAUUGGGUUGCUGGGUCGUGUGACGGGUUGCUAUGCUCUGUUCUAGGGUUAUACCAUGGGGUAGUGGUAUGGAACCCAUCUACUAGAGUUAUGAGGGAAUUGCCUGAUUUCGACUAUGAGAUCUCAGAGUCACAGAUGCGUAGGUGUGACAAGGUUUUCGGAUUUGGUUAUGAUCGUCAGCUUGAUGAUUACAAGGUGGUAGUAGUGAUUUCCUAUCCGUCUGAAGAUCCUAAUAGAGCUGAAGAGUUUGAAACUCAAGUUCAGGUCUUUGCUCUGAGAACUACAUCCUGGAGGAGGAUUGGGGAUUUUAAGUAUGGGGUUCCGUCGGAUGCGGAAGUAAAGUUUGUUGCCGGCUGUCUUUACUACAAAGUGCCGAGUUUCGUGGGUGAAGGGAAAGAGUGGAGGGACACUCUAGUCUCACUUGAUCUUGCAACAGAAAAGUAUAACAAGGUGAAGCUACCUGCAUUUGAUGAUGCUGGUACUCAUUGGGAAUUAGCAUCGUUUGUUGAUCGUCUCUGUGUAGCGUGUUUUGAUGACGACAAUUCAUGUGAGGUGUGGGUGAUGAAGGAGCCUGGAGUGACGGAUGCUUGGACCAAGUUGUUUAGGGUUGAUCAGGUUGUGGUAGAUGCAGGGUUACAUGCUCCACUGUAUAUUUCGGAUAAUGGCGAGGUUCUUUGGGAUAAUGAUGAAGAUUUGUUCAUUUACAAUUCCAAGGAUAACACUAUCAGGUUUCCUACAUCGAGAGGCUUGUCCAAUCGCGAUGGUCCUCCUGUGAUCUACAUGGAGACCUUAGCUUCGCCGAACAUGGAUCAUUAGCAAAGUGGGUUGUAGGUUCCGUUAGCAAUUAGGCUUCACUGGUUGGAAUUUCGACCACCCUGCGAGAUCACGUUGGCGGGAAAUGCUAUGCUAUCGUAGAUCGAAAGGAGCAAGGUGGUUCGUGGUUCAUAUUUCAUUUAGAUUUGUUCGUGUGAUUGCAGCAUGUACUCUUGCUAGUAGUUGUUAAAUUAAGACAUUAUGUAUGAUACUCAUGCACUCUUGUUAAUUAAGAAUGGUUUCAUGGAGAAGUUAUUAGUCGAUUUGGAUGCAGCUUACAAAGAAAUUAUCUUUUUCUCUAUGGAUGAAAAUUAAACCACUUCUAUCUUGUUUUCA